ACCACAACACGUGGGAAUUAUGGGAGCUACAAGACGAGAUUUGGGUGGGAACACAGCCAAACCAUAUCAACAUCUAAGAAAGAACUAAUUCAAGAUUCUCAUCUUUAAGAUUCUUUCCCUUGGAACCGCUUCUUCUACCAUAAACUGUAUUGCUAUCAAGGUAUAGUCAGGAAAGAGAAGCUACUCUAUGUACUCUAGAUAUAAAGAGUUUAGUAAUAAAGUUAGGAGCUCAAAUGAAUUAUGGAGGGGCCAGGGAUGCAAAGCUCAUGAAAACUGUUGCCGAAGGUUGAAGGUCGAAGUCAGCAUUGAAGAUCUCAGCCUGAAGCACUGAAGUGGGUGUUUCUCAAAAGCUCUCUGGGAAUCUGCUGGAAUCCUGCAGUAUUGAGAAACUUCCACCAGCUACCUCAGUCUGCAGCACUGGUGGCUGUUGGAAGCUCAGCAGGAAGCCGUUGUGCACUUCAUAUCUGUCAGUCCAUCUACUACAACUAUAUCUGGAAAAAAAUGGUUUCUCCUUUUUGCAUUCACACAUGCAUGUUCUUCCCACUGGCAGACUUUUAAUGAGGAACCGUUCAGGGAAAGGGAUUCUGGGAAAUGGGGAUUGCAGCUUCUCUUUUGUAAUGCUGAGGAGUCCUUAGAAAGGAGUGAUGGUGUUGCCUAAUUGACAGUAGAUGAUCUAGCACUGAAUUCUGUGUUAGCUUUUCAAGGAACAUACACACAUACGGCUUUCAAGGGGAGAUACACGCACAUACAUUCCCCCACACCCAGCCCACUGUGACUUUGGGUACCAAACCAAAUUAAAUUACUUCAGAGAGCCCAAAGAAACAGAGGAGAGGAUAAAAUAUAUUUUAUUGAAGUAGUCGCUUUAUCACUUGUUUCUCUCUUUUUCACUUAUUUUAAAAGAUUAUAAAUCUGGAAGGGCUUCUGUAUAGAUUUCUAAUAUUAGGAAACAUUCAGUGUCUUCCAUUGGCUUGCUUUUCCUUGUCUUCUGUAGAAAAAUAUGGUGAGAAAAACAUGAUUUUUGGAGUCAGAAUGUGUUUCAAUUCUGGCCCUACUAGUCUGUUUCUUAUCUUUUAAUGACAAUAAUAGUGUUUUUCCUUAUGGUUGUGAGGGUUGAAUUUUGUAAUGCAUAUAAAACACCUAGCACAGGACCUGGUUUAUAGUAAGAACUCAGUACAUAGUAGUGUUUAACCUCGUUUUUAAAUUCUUACUAAGAUACAAAUGGCUUCUUCCUUCUUUGGUUUUGUUUUUUAAAACACGUGAAUAUUCAGUUGGCAAAGUUUCAGUAGUUGUAGCAGAGACAGGUUUUGGGCAAGUGACUUAGACCCUAUUCCUCAUUUUAUUUACCUGUGAGCGUGUAGUUUUUCUCUUGAGGAAAAGGUAGUGAAAGGGACUUUUAAAAAAGACAUCUUGGAUCUCUAAAUCAGGUAGAAGCAGAUGGCUACAGAUUCCUUGCUUCUCUAACUUUGAUGUUAAUGUGGUCCCCAGCUGAGGGUUUUAACUGUUCAGGUACUCUGAACAGACGUGUGACUUUUUGAUAUUCCGGGGGUAAUUUUCCUUGAGAUCAGCCUUUUCCCCUAAUUUGAGACUUUGGCUAUUUUUAAUGUACAUUUCAUUCUUUUAAUUUCCAUUUAUGUCUUCCUAAUGCUGCAUUUGUUUGAGUUGACAAAACGUCUUAUGGAAGUGUAUUUAAAGCAAUACACAAGGAAUCUGGUCAAGUUGUCGCAAUUAAACAAGUGCCUGUUGAAUCAGAUCUUCAGGAAAUAAUCAAAGAAAUUUCCAUAAUGCAGCAGUGUGACAGCCCAUAUGUUGUAAAGUACUAUGGCAGUUAUUUUAAGAAUACAGACCUCUGGAUUGUUAUGGAGUACUGUGGCGCUGGCUCUGUCUCAGACAUAAUUAGAUUACGAAACAAGACAUUAACAGAAGAUGAAAUUGCAACCAUUCUUAAAUCUACAUUGAAAGGACUAGAAUAUUUGCAUUUUAUGAGAAAAAUACACAGAGAUAUAAAAGCUGGAAAUAUUCUCCUCAAUACAGAAGGACAUGCAAAAUUGGCAGAUUUUGGAGUGGCUGGUCAGUUAACAGAUACAAUGGCAAAACGCAAUACUGUAAUAGGAACUCCAUUUUGGAUGGCUCCUGAGGUGAUUCAAGAAAUAGGCUAUAACUGUGUGGCCGACAUCUGGUCCCUCGGCAUUACUUCCAUAGAAAUGGCUGAAGGAAAACCUCCUUAUGCUGAUAUACAUCCAAUGAGGGCUAUUUUUAUGAUUCCCACAAAUCCACCACCAACAUUCAGAAAGCCAGAACUUUGGUCCGAUGAUUUCACCGAUUUUGUUAAAAAGUGUUUGGUGAAGAAUCCUGAGCAGAGAGCUACUGCAACACAACUUUUACAGCAUCCUUUUAUCAAGAAUGCAAAACCUGUAUCAAUAUUAAGAGACCUGAUCACAGAAGCUAUGGAGAUCAAAGCUAAAAGACAUGAGGAACAGCAACGAGAAUUGGAAGAGGAAGAAGAAAAUUCGGAUGAAGAUGAGCUGGAUUCCCACACCAUGGUGAAGACUAGUGUGGAGAGUGUGGGCACCAUGCGGGCCACAAGCACGAUGAGUGAAGGGGCCCAGACCAUGAUUGAACAUAAUAGCACCAUGUUGGAAUCCGACUUGGGGACCAUGGUGAUAAACAGUGAGGAUGAGGAAGAAGAAGAUGGAACUAUGAAAAGAAAUGCAACCUCACCACAAGUACAAAGACCAUCUUUCAUGGACUACUUUGAUAAGCAAGACUUCAAGAAUAAGAGUCACGAAAACUGUAAUCAGAACAUGCAUGAACCCUUCCCUUUGUCCAAAAAUGUUUUUCCUGAUAACUGGAAAGUUCCUCAAGAUGGAGACUUUGACUUUUUGAAAAAUCUAAGUUUAGAAGAACUACAGAUGCGAUUAAAAGCACUGGACCCUAUGAUGGAACGGGAGAUAGAAGAACUUCGUCAGAGAUACACUGCGAAAAGACAGCCCAUUCUGGAUGCGAUGGAUGCAAAAAAAAGAAGGCAGCAAAACUUUUGAAUCUAAUUUCCUGUCUGUUUUUAACUAUUCUGGAGACCAAGAAACCACUAGGAAUUGAAGGAAUAUUUGUAUAUUUUUAAUCCUAAGAUUUUGCCCUACAAUUAGUCAGAGGUCAAAAACUGACAAUGGUACAUGCCCAGGUAAAUUCCCAAAAGGCAGAAUUGACAGUUGUAUCUGCUGUGCAUUCACUUUCAGAUGAGGAGAACAAAAGAAGUGUAUUCUCUUGUUCUGUCAGCUGCAUACCAGCAAUAAAACUGUGUUUUGAAACGGAGGCUGCGUUUAGAGACCUUGAAAAUCCAAAGCUAUUGUUUAAUUGUGCAGCACUGAAGGGCUUUAUGUUACAAUAUCUUUAUUCCUAUCUAGUAUACUAGUCUAUUUAUUGUAUCCCCUUAGGUAAACUUAUUUAUUUAUGCUAUUUUGCUUUGUUUUGUUUUUUAAGGACAACAUCAGGAUAGCUUUGGUGAAGAUAGGGUCAUAUUAAUACGAUGAUAAUGUGCAACCAAAUUAUACUUUCUGCAGGGAGCUAUGGGGUACAUUCCUUGAUUUCCAGGAUAGUUUUCCAGUAGGAAAGUAAUAAUGGCAAUAGUUCUCAAAUGGGCUAGGCCUUUUUUAUAUCGAAGCAAUAAUUCCAUUUUUACCCUUUGAAAUUUUGUUUAAUUUUUUGAUUUUUGAUGUUUGGUACAAAUAGAACUAUAUAUAUUUAGGUAAAAUAGAUCUAUCAUGUUUAAAACCAAAGAAAUCAGUGGAAUCCUUGCACAAAAAAGUAUAAUAAAUAUUUUUUAAAAAAACUUAAUACAAAUGUAACUUGUUAAUAUUGUUUUAUGUUUUAUGUGUAGAUCUAAUAGCUGAACUGAUUCAAACUGUAAUAAGCUCAUCAAUUUCAUUUCUAUGAAAAUGUGCUCUAUUGUCACAGGAUGUUUCUGUUGAUUUUAUUCAUUUCCUGGGAAUUGGUAAACAUCAUGUGCCUGAUGAUAACCCAGUAGCAAAAACAUUUGUACUGAGUGGUACAAGCCUUGGGGACUGAAAAAAAUAAAAAAAAAAAAGAUUAAAACCAUUAAAAAGAAAUUCAUUUUUACACCGAAUGAACAUUUGUAUGAUUGCAUUGGGACCAGUCAUUUCCUAAACUACAUAUGGCCAUCUUGACAGUGUUUUUUCUUUUGUGUGUUUAAUUAUUAUAUGUAAAUCAUAAAGACAAAUAAAUUUCACUGUGCCACCCAGCA